UACAGCAAAUAUUUAUAAAUGUAUGUAGAUAGACAUAGAGAAUAAGUUUAGCUUUUAACAACUCUCAUUUCUUUGUCCUUUUCUUUCUUUCUUUUGGUCAUUACAAAACAGAACCUUUGUAAUCCCAUACUUUGUUUUCUUUUCUCUUUUUGCUUGCAAAAACAAAAAUAAAAGCUCGACCUAUCUAUCAUUUACCCAUAAAAUUGCUGAUCUAUAUUCACUAGGCGUGCCUUGGCUAAUAUGGAUAUUCAAAGCUUACUUUGUACUAAUACUUAUUCUUGCAAUCACUUAAUGAAUACACCACCAUCCUCAUCAACAAUACACGACAAGCGGGACCUUGUUGGUGAUUAUACGCUUUCCUCUUCUCACGUGAAUGCUUCUUCGAAAGCUGUUCCAACAGUAGACUGUCAUCAAUCCAUCACUUUAUCCAUACCUGAAAACGCUAGCGUAUCUUCUUCCACUUUUACAGGCAUAACCAACCCAACUGAUCCCCUUGCUUUCGCAAAAUUCAGUAUUUCUAGCUUAUCCAAAGAUCAUCAGCCUUCACAACAGCAAACGCGUACACCCUGGACUUCAAAAGAAGAUGUCUUGUUAAAAAAGGGUUAUUUGCAAGGUCUAUCUUGGGCCAUGAUAUCUGCCAAAUAUCUACCGCAUCGAUCACGAGGUUGCUGUUGGGGACGAUUCAGAACGCUUCAAACCAAGUCUAUUGAGAAAAAAGGAUGGUCGGAUGUGGAAGACCGUUUAUUACUUACUGCCAUUAAGAAGCAUACAAGGUUAUUCAAGCAAGCUUGGAGAUCAGUAUCUUUGGACAUGGAUCAAACCAGAGAUUGGAAAGAGUGUGAAAUUAGAUCAACGCGUAUCAAGCUUCAUAAUUCAGUGUUUGACACUGAACAACAGUAAUCCGUUUGUAUAUAAAAAAAUAUAUAUAUCACCCAGCAUCUUAUACUCCUCCUUAUCACUAUGACUAUUUAACUCGUUUACUUGCCUGCAAAGAAACCAUAGAAAAAAAAAAAAAAAAAAA